AUGGCUCCACGCGGCUCCAUGUGGAAACCAUCAAUUUCAAAUCUCAUUCCAGUGAAUGUUUGCAUCCCCAACCCUCCAUUCCUGACACCUAACACCCCCAACCCUCCACUCCUAACACCUAGCAUCCCCAACCCUCCAUUCCUGACACCUUACAUCCCCAACCCUCCACUCCUGACACCUAACAUCCCCGACCCUCCACUCCUGACACCUAACACCCCCGACCCUCCACUCCUGACACCUAACAUCCUCAACCCUCCACUCCUGACACCUAACACCCCCGACCCUCCACUCCUGACACCUAACACCCCCGACCCUCCACUCCUGACACCUAACAUCCCCAACCCUCCACUCCUGACACCUAACACCCCCGACCCUCCACUCCUGACACCUAACAUCCCCAACCCUCCACUCCUGACACCUAACAUCCCCAACCCUCCAUUCCUGACACCUAACAUCCCCAACCCUCCACUCCUGACACCUAACACCCCCGACCCUCCACUCCUGACACCUAACACCCCCGACCCUCCACUCCUGAUACCUAACAUCCCCAACCCUCCACUCCUGACACCUAACACCCCCAACCCUCCACUCCUGACACCUAACACCCCCAACCCUCCACUCCUGACACCUAACAUCCCCAACCCUCCACUCCUGACACCUAACACCCCCAACCCUCCACUCCUGACACCUAACACCCCCAACCCUCCACUCCUGACACCUAACAUCCCCAACCCUCCACUCCUGACACCUAACAUCCCCAACCCUCCACUCCUGACACCUAACACCCCCCAACCCUCCACUCCUGACACCUAA